AUGAGAAUAACAAGCAUUGUACUAAAAACAGUAUUUUUCCAUGACGAAAACUAUAAUUACAAGCCGUCUGCCCAACAGUAUGAUUAUCUCUUUGCCUGGUUCCCGGAAAUUUUUACAGAUGAAGAUUCUAAACUCAGCCAAACAAGAUUGAAUUGGAAAAGGGUAGAGUAUGCCAUCAAAGAAUGUGAAAUAGAAACUGGUCAUGCUCCUGCAUUCGUUCAUAGAGCUUUUCUUAGAAGAGUAUUCAGUCUGAUUGGUGCAAAAAUCAUUGAUGUUUCUAUAGAAGAAAAUGGCGAUACCUCAGUUGUAUUUGAUUAUUAUGGAAAAUUUCUUCAGGCAGAAUGUGUAGAAGAACCUGGAAUUCUUCCUGGGGAAGAUUCCAGACUUAAACUUUAUCUCUGGACCUCAGUAAAUGAAAAAAUUGACUGCACUGGCACUGACAUUAGAGAAGCAGUUGAAAAAUAUAUCGCCAAUGGUGAAUUCACAAAGAUUAAAUCUCGUUCCUUAAAAAUUGGAAUGAAACAUUUGAACACAAUUCAGACAAAAUGGCGACCACGUUAUCUUAGGAUAGAAAACAUAUAUACCGGUAAAUCAGGAAAGCUCAUUCAGCCGGCCAUCGUUCUGAUAAAUCAGAAAAAAGAACCAGUAGCCGUUAUGACUCCUGGUGAAGACUGCGAUGCCUGCAUGGAAAGAUCCAGAGAAUUUGCAGAAGAAUUAGGUGUAAAUUACGCAUUCAGCACAAAUCUUGAAAUCUAUAAGCUGCAUGAUUUCGCAAAAGAUAAAGAUACAGAAGGUCCUUUUGACGAACUUCCACCUCAUGAAUGGGUUUGGAACUGGGAUCAAACUGUAAAAGAAAAGGCUGCAAAGAAGAACAAUCCAAAGGCAAGAUUCAAUCCUGCAGAAAUGGCCAUUGAAGAGCUUCUUGCAAAGCUUGAAGAAAAAAAUAAGAGAAGGGCAGAGCAUGAUCUACCACCUUUGAACUUGAUGGAAUACAUGAAGUCAAAAGGGUAUAGAACUGGUGAAGUAAAUGCAGACUGGCCAGAAACAACCAAAGGAGAUAAAUAA